AUGAGGAUUCUCUGUCUCCAUGGUGUUGGCAGCUCCGGUGCCAUUCUUGAAAAGCAGAUGUCUAACUUGCGGCGCGAACUGGAUCCCAGCUUCGAGCUUGUCUUUGUAGACGGGCCAUUCGAGUGUGAAAGAGGGCCUGGCGUGUCGGAAUACCAGACCGGUCCAUACUUUUCUCACACCCAAGGCUAUUCUCCUGCCGACAUUGCAAAAGCUAUCAGUUACCUUGAAGAGAUCCUUGAAGACGAGGGGCCCUUUGAUGGCAUCUUUGGUUUUAGUCAGGGCUCAGCUUUGAUGCUGUCAUAUUUCUAUCAGCAGCAGGCAGCCGAAAACCCAGUCGCAGUCAAUUUUGCAUGUCUUUUCUCGACUGCCAUGCCAUGCAGCUCUGAUGUGAGUUUGGGGCAUGCCGUCAUAUCAAAGUUACGAGCUAGGGAACACGACAUUACGGAUCGAGCAGGGGCCAACGGGAGAGAUCUGACGAGCGAAGAGCAAGAGUUUGUGGAGAUACUACAGCGGACAGUUGUUGACGCCGCUAUCCAAGAUCCGCUGUUCCCAUGGACUGACAUGGAUGUAUAUCGUCGCGGAGAACUUGACGAUAUUCCUCGGGUGAUGUAUUCAUCAGCGCUGGCACGAAAGAUUCAAAUUCCAACUGUCCAUGUAUGGGGUCAAAAUGACUUCGAGUAUAUGAUCCAAAUGGCCAAGUUAUCCCGCAGUCUAUGCGACCAGUCCAUAUCCAAAACAGUCUUACAUAGUGGGUUACACGACAUGCCGAAGAAACAGACUGAGAUCAAAGCUGUGCUUCGAGGAAUUGACUGGGCUAUAGCCCAGGCAUAG